AUGUGGGGAUCCUCCAUCCCUCCCGCAGAACGAGACAGUCGUCGCAACCCAUGGCAUGACGACGACUACCUUCGCCAUGGAAGAGAAGAAGUGGAGACGCCCGAGCAACAGAGCGAAGAAGAGAGUCCCGACCGCCUUCGACACGAGGGAACAUGGGGUGAGCGCGACGCUGGCAGGCUAGACACAAGAACAGCAGCAGAUGAUCUCGAGGUGCUACGAGGCGAGCUUGCCUCACUCUCCAGGUCACGCUCCUAUGGCGAGCAAUCACAACGAUCCCACCGUCUUUCUCAGACGAUUAGUCGAAUCAGCGCUCGGCAAAGUUACAGCCGCGGAUCAGCUGCACGUGUCGAGGAAUGCACCGGCGAUGAAGAGGACCAGAAGCCAGAUGACAUGGGCCGUGCCCUCGCUGAUGAGAAAGAAGACGACUUUGAGCUUGGCCAGUUCAUGCGCGAAGGCCACUUUGAGAAGCGCAAGGACGGCCGGUCGGCUAAGAAGGUCGGUGUGGCUUACAAGCAUCUCACAGUCAAAGGCGUAGGAUCUACCACCUCAUUUGCAAGAACCUUGCCAGAUGCUGUUCUGGGUACAUUUGGCCCAGAUCUCUACCGCAUCGUAUCCAACUUCGUUCCGGCGCUCAAGUUUGGCAAACGCGAGCAAAUGCGUACGCUGAUCCAUGACUUCUCUGGUGUCGUCAAGGAUGGAGAAAUGAUGCUUGUGCUGGGACGUCCUGGAUCUGGCUGCUCGACCUUCCUCAAGGCCAUUGCCAACAACCGGGAGAGCUACGCUGCCGUUGAAGGAGAAGUCUCGUAUGGCGGUAUACCCGCAGACAGGCAGAAGAAGCAGUUUCGGGGUGAAGUCAACUACAACCCAGAAGACGACUCGCACAUGGCCGAUCUGAACGUGUGGCAGACACUCAAGUUUGCUCUCACCAACAAGACCAAGAAGAAUGAGAAGCACGAGAUUCCCAUCAUUCUCGAAGCUCUUUUGAAGGUAUUCGGCAUAUCUCACACCAAGUACACCAAGGUUGGAGAUGAGUAUGUUCGCGGUGUCAGUGGAGGUGAACGCAAGCGCGUCUCCAUUGCGGAGACACUUGCCACCAAGAGUACAGUCAACUGCUGGGAUAACAGUACAAGAGGCCUUGAUGCUAGUACGGCUCUUGACUACGCCAAAUCAUUGCGCAUCAUGACCGAUAUGAGCAACCGCACGACGCUAGUCACCUUGUACCAGGCUGGCGAAGGCAUCUACGAGGUCAUGGACAAGGUCAUGGUCAUCGAUGCUGGAAGAUGCAUCUACCAGGGCCCAGCACGCGCCGCAAAGCAGUAUUUCAUAGACCUCGGCUUCAAAUGCCCCGAACGCCAAACCACUGCCGAUUUCUUGACAGCAGUCACUGACCCCACUGAGCGCCAGUUCCGUCCUGGCUUUGAAUACACGGCCCCCAAAACAGCCGAAGAGCUCGAGAAGGCUUUCCGCGAGAGCGAAGCAUACAAGAGCGUACUGCGAGAGAUUGAAGACUACGAGGCCGAGCUGGAGAGGAGCGGGUAUAUAGACGCCAAAGAGUUUGAGGGCGCUGUCCGCGAGAGUAAGAGUAGGACGGUGCGCAAGAAGUCGCCAUUCACCGUCUCCUUCUUCCGCCAGGUCAUCGCUUGUACCCAGCGAGAGUUUUGGUUAACCUGGGGAGACAAAACGACGCUCUACACAAAGUUCUUCAUCAUUCUCUCCAACAGCCUUAUCGUCGGUUCGCUCUUCUAUGGCCAGUCUCUGGAUACCUCUGGUGCCUUUUCGCGAGGUGGUUCCGGUUUCUUCUCCAUCCUCUUCCUGGGCUGGCUCCAGCUGUCUGAGCUGAUGAAGGCGGUCUCUGGACGUAACGUUGUUAAAAGACACGAAGACUACGCCUUCUACCGCCCUAGUGCUGUGGUCAUUGCACGCGUUGUGCAGGACCUUCCGCUGCUGCUGGCGCAGGUCAUUCCAUUCUCAAUCAUCAUGUACUUCAUGACUGGUCUCGAUGUCGACGUCUCCAAGUUCUUCAUCUACUUUCUCUUCAUUUACACGACGACAUUCUGCAUUACGGCGCUCUACCGCAUGUUUGCCGCACUGUCCCCAACGAUCGACGACGCGGUGAGAUUCGCUGGUCUUGCGCUCAACCUUUUAAUCAUCUACACCGGCUAUGUCAUUCCCAAGACGCAGCUGCUGAAUGACUAUAUCUGGUUUGGAUGGAUUUACUGGAUCAACCCAGUGGGUUACGCCUUCGAGGCCGUUCUCGCCAAUGAAUUUUCCGACCGGACAAUGGACUGUGCUCCUAGCCAGCUGGUGCCGCAGGGACCCAACGUUGACCCAGCAUACCAAGGAUGCGCCUUGACUGGCGCACAGCCGAACUCGAACAAGGUAUCUGGUUCAGACUACCUCAAUGUGUCUUUCAGCUACUCGCGGUCGAAUCUGUGGCGUAACUUUGGCGUCGUCAUAGCCUUCUCUAUGCUGUACCUAUUGGUGACGGUGAUUGCGACCGAGACGGUAUCUUUUGUGCAGUCUGGUGGCGGUGCGCUCAUCUUUGCAAAGACCAAGCGCGCGAAGCAGGUUGUCAAAGAAGAUGGGCCCGCUGACGAGGAGAAGGUUGUCUCUGGUCAGUCAACAUCUACUACAUCCUCCAACACUGCCCAAGAAGAGGACCAGGCGAUGGAGUCCAUUUCCAGCAGUGCCAGUGUCUUUACCUGGAAGAAUGUUGAGUACACUGUCCCAUACCAGGGAGGCGAGCGUAAGUUGCUCAACGGCGUCAACGGAUACGCAAAGCCCGGUGUGAUGGUUGCGCUCGUGGGUGCAUCUGGCGCGGGUAAAUCGACUUUGCUCAAUACUCUGUCGCAACGCCAAACCACUGGCGUCGUUUCCGGGGAGUUUCUCGUCGAUGGAAAGGAUCUCGGCAAGGCUUUCCAACGUGGCACUGGUUUCUGCGAGCAAAUGGAUCUCCACGACGGCACAGCAACAAUCCGCGAGGCUCUCGAGUUCUCGGCCAUCUUGCGCCAAGACAAGAAGACGCCGAGAAAGGACAAGAUUGACUAUGUCAACAAGAUCAUCGACCUCCUGGAGCUUCAGGACAUCCAGGACGCGCUCGUCUCUAGCUUGGGGGUUGAGCAGAAGAAGCGCCUGACCAUUGGUGUGGAGCUUGCUGCGAAACCGUCUCUCUUGCUUUUCCUAGAUGAGCCCACCAGCGGCCUCGACAGCAACUCUGCCUACUCGAUUGUCCAGUUCCUCAAGAAACUUGCGCAAGCGGGCCAGGCAAUCGUCUGCACCAUCCACCAGCCCAGCAGUGUCCUGAUCCAACAGUUUGACAUGAUUCUUGCACUUAACCCCGGCGGCAACACAUUCUACUUUGGGCCCGUAGGCGAGAACGGCAAGGACGUAGUCAAGUAUUUUGGCGACCGCGGCGUCCAAUGCCCACCGCGCAAGAACGUGGCAGAAUUCAUUCUCGAGACUGCCGCGAAGCCCAUCAAGCGCAAAGACGGCAGCAAGAUUGACUGGAACGACGAAUGGCGCAAGUCCGACAACAACGCGCACAUGCUCGAGGAAAUCGAGCGCAUCAAGAGCGUGCGCAGCAAAGCCGUUUCCGACACCGACCAGGCCGCCCGAGAAGAAGAAUCGGAAUUCGCUGCUUCCACAUGGGAGCAAACGACCAUGCUCACCAAACGCACGUUUACGCAGUACUGGCGCGACCCCUCGUAUCUCUACGGCAAGCUCUUCGUCGCCGUCAUCAUCGGCAUCUUCAACGGCUUCACCUUCUGGCAACUCGGGCACACGAUUGCGGAUCUUCAAAACCGCAUGUUCACCUCGUUCCUGAUCGUGCUGAUCCCGCCCACCAUUGUCAACGCCGUCGUGCCCAAAUUCUACGCCAACAUGGCUCUCUGGCAGGCGCGCGAGCUCCCCUCGCGUAUCUACGGCUGGAUGGCUUUCACCACGGCACAGGUCGUAGCCGAAAUCCCCAUUGCCAUCGUCUCCAGCGCUAUCUACUGGGUACUCUGGUAUUUCCCUGCUGGACUCCCCACGGACAGUUCGACGUGCGGCUACGUGUUCCUCAUGACGAUGUUAUUCUUCCUCUUCAUUUCCAGCUGGGGCCAAUGGAUCUGCGCGUUUGCGCCCUCCUUCACAGUCAUAUCCAACGUGCUGCCCUUCUUCUUCGUCAUGUUCGGCCUGUUCAAUGGCGUCGUGCGGCCCUACGACUUGAUGCCUGCCUUCUGGAAAUACUGGAUGUACUACGUCAACCCGGCUACCUACUGGAUCGCAGGCGUCCUCGCUGCUACGCUAAACCGCAUCCCGGUUCGCUGCGCUGAUUCCGAAUCCGCUCUCUUUGAUCCCCCGCCGGGCUCCGACUGCGCGACUUACGCUGCCCACUUCAUACAGGCUGCCCCGGGCUACCUGAGUAAUCCCACUGCACACUCGCAAUGUCGCUACUGCCCCUAUACAACCGGUAGCGAUUACCUGGCUACGCUGCAUAUUGAUGCCGGCGACAAGUGGAGGGACUUUGCUAUUUUCCUUGCCUUCUGUGUGAGUAACUGGGCGCUCGUGUACUUUUUUGUUUGGAGUGUGAGGAUUAAGGGGUGGAGUUUUGGGUUUGGCGCCCUGCGACGCUGGGUGGGGAGCGUGAAUAAGCUUGUUGGGGGGGAGGGGCAAGGGUAA